CUCUCCCUUAACCAUGGCUGGGCUUUGAGUCCCCCCAGAACCCCAAGGACCUUGGGUUGCAGCCCUCCUUCCUUGAACCUGCACUGUCCAGGUCAAGUUAGAGCUGGGACAUCGGGCCCAGCUGCGCAAAAAGCCCACCACGGAGGGGUUCACGCACGAUUGGAUGGUGUUCGUCCGCGGCCCCGAGCAAUGUGAAAUCCAGCACUUCGUGGAGAAGGUGGUCUUCCGGCUGCAUGACAGUUUCCCCAAGCCCAAGCGUGUGUGUAAGGAGCCCCCGUACAAAGUGGAGGAGUCGGGUUACGCUGGCUUCAUCAUGCCCAUCGAGGUGUACUUCAAAAACAAGGAGGAGCCGAGGAAGGUUUGCUUCACCUAUGACCUGUUCCUGAACCUGGAGGGCAACCCGCCUGUAAACCACCUGCGCUGUGAGAAGCUCACCUUCAACAACCCCACCAUUGAGUUCCGAUACAAGCUCCUGAUGGCCGGCGGGGUGAUGGUAAUGCCCGAAGGAGCAGAAACGGUGUCCAGGCCCAGUCCUGACUACCCCAUGUUACCCACAAUUCCACUCUCUGCCUUCUCUGACCCCAAGAAGACCAAACCGUCCCACGGCUCCAAGGACGCCAGCAGGGAGAGCGGCAAGGCCUGCAAGGCCCACAAGGCGGCCAAGGAGCACCGGGAGCGGCCACGCAAAGACUCGGAGAGCAAGGGCCCCUCCAAGGAGCCAGAGCGUGAGCAGGCUCGGAGUGCAAAGGACACAACGCGGAAGCUGGUUGAGGGCCGGCCACCCAAGGAGGAGAAGGCCCCACCACCCAAGGCUGCAUUUAAGGAGCCCAAGAUGGCCCUGAAGGAGACCAAACUGGAGAGCCUGUCCCCCAAGGGCGGCCCCCCGCCACCACCCCAACCUAAGUCUUCCAGUAAGCGGCCAGCUGCCGCCGACUCACCCAAGCCCAGUGCCAAAAAACAGAAGAAGAGCAGCUCUAAGGGGUCCAGGAGCACCCCUGGCACUUCGCCCCGCACCUCGUCUUCCUCCUUCUCAGACAAAAAGUCGGCUAAGGAUAAGGGCAGUGUCAAAGUGGAGAAGAUCAAGGCUGAAAGUGAGCCCCGAGAGAUCAAAAAGCCCCUGGAGGUGGAGGAGUCCAACUCGGAGGAUGAGGCCUCCUUCAAGACAGAGUCUGCCCAAUCGAGCCCAUCCAACUCUAGCUCCAGCUCCGACUCCAGUUCGGAUUCGGAUUUUGAGCCAUCUCAGAACCACAGUCAAGGACCCCUGCGCUCCAUGGUGGAGGACCUGCAAUCUGAGGAGUCCGAUGAGGAUGACUCUUCAUCAGGCGAGGAGGCUGCCGGCAAGACAAAUGCAGGGAGGGAUUCCAGGUUGAGUUUCAGUGACAGCGACAGUGACAACAGUGCUGACUCCUGCCUUCCCAGCCGAGAGCCCCCUCCCCCCAAGAAGCCACCACCACCCAACAGCAAGGCGUCAGGCCGGAGAAGCCCCGAGUCCUGCAGCAAGCCUGAGAAGAUCCUCAAGAGGGGCACCUAUGACAAGGCCUACACAGAUGAACUGGUGGAGCUGCACCGGAGGCUGAUGGCCCUGCGGGAGCGCAAUGUGCUGCAGCAGAUUGUGAACCUGAUUGAGGAGACCGGACACUUCAAUGUCACCAAUACCACCUUCGACUUUGACCUCUUCUCCCUGGAUGAGACCACCGUGCGUAAGCUGCAGAGCUACCUGGAGGCUGUGGCCACAUGACCCUGGGCCGGAUGCCCGACCCCUGCCAUCGGGGUCCCGGGAAUCCACACCCGGGCCCCGCCUGCCUUCCUCUCUCUCGACUCACCUGCCCGCAGCACUGCCUUAGUGACCGCCCUGUCCUCGGCCCACAAGGCCAGCUGCACUUGCCUCGUUGGCUCCCGGCCCGCCCUUCCUACCAGCUCACCGGGAGCCCUGGGGCCGAGGGGGGCCGGGCUGGCGCUGCUGCUGCUGCUGCUCCCUGUUGCUCAGGGGCUGUCACCUGGGUCCCCCUUGGAAAGUGGCUGGUGUUGAAGGCAGCACUAGGCCUCAUUCCUGUAGGGGAAGAAAUGUGUCCGGCAGCGGGAGCCUCGCUCCAUGGUGGGGCGUGUGGCACGGUGUCACUGCCCGGGCGUCUCUGAGCAGCUGGGGCACCACCUCCAGCCUCCCCAGAUGGUUCAGACACACCAAACCCCAGGACCUCAGAGGGUCCAGCUGCUCCAGGCCAGGCCUUGGUUCGUCCUCCACGUGAGCCGCAGGCAGCCCCUCUGUUGGCUCUCACUGUGCUGGGACUCUGUGCUGUAUAGUUCUCUCUAUAUUAUAUAUGUAUGUAUGCACUGUAGGUACCAGAGCGGUUUCUGGGUGUGCAUUUCUGUGGCAGCAGUGCACGUGGGGGGGUGGGGGGUGAGUAAGGUGGGACUUUUAGGUUAAGAUGUCUCCACUGGUCUUGUCUUUGGGCUGAGGCUGAGCCGGAGUGCCAACUGGCUCUGGAGGAAUCCUCCCGCAGUGGUACAAGGAUGCCUCGUCCUCCUCCCGGGACUCAGAAGGCAUAGUCCAGGGCCUGUGAACACUACGAUGGAGCAGUAGGUCCUUGGGCGCCCGGUCAGCCUGGCAGCCAUCUCCGGGGCCAGGCCUCCUGGGCGCCAGCCGGCUGCAGGCCGCCGCUUGUUACGGCGCCCCGGGCCGUGGCCUCUCCUUCCUUCCAUAGGAUCCUCUUCCUCCUCUCUGUUGAUCGAGUCUUCAAACUUUGAAAAAAAUGAGCUUUUGCCAAAUAAGACAUGAUAGUUGUGGAGUUUUUUCAAGGAGCGUCGGGACUCAGCCAGCUCCUCAUGCCUGGGCCCUGCUGGUGGCAGGCCCUCCCUGGCACACCUGUCUCUCUUAGGUUGGGGCGUCGCCCUCCGACACCUGCCAUUCACACUUGUCCAGAGCCCUGAGACUUAAUCCCUCGAAUGCCUGAGAUUCUCCAAGGACCAGGCCGUCUCUCCUCCCUUGGCCCACCUUCCAGUGUCAGAAGGCCCUCACGGGGCCAGCCCACCUCGGGUGGGGCUCCUGAGAGCCUGCUUCCCUGAGACCUUGAAUCAAGGCGCCCCCCGCCCCCCAACUUUUGCCAUGAACAAGAUGUGGAGAAAGGACUGGGAGCCCAGAUGUGGGUUCACCUCUCUCCAACCCACUGUCAGGCAGACCCUGAACACUCCCUGGUGACCCCCACGUCCAAGGCUUCCCUGAACUCCGGCCUUCCCGGUGAGGUCCUCAGAACCCGCGGGGAAGGCCCGAGAGCUUCAGAGGAAACCAUCAUGACUCCUCGCCAUUCACUCGCAUUCUCUCCUGACCCCACUGCCUUGAGUUACUAAGAAGAGAUCGGGUCUGUGUGGCAGGCCCUGUGCUGUCACCGUCCUGUUCUCCAGACAGGCCAGCAAUACUCCAAAGUGGGCACCAUUCUUCUCUGGAAACUUUUCGAUGCAUUGGAUGGAAGGAACUGGCCCAACAGGGGCUGCUCAAAAGGCAGCAGCUGCCUGGCCCUCUCUGCACAGAGGCUGCCAGGGGCCACAGGCAGGAAGCUCUGCUCAAGGGCAGUAGUCUUUCUCCUUCACGAGGAUCUCCUGGAAAGGGCCGCAGGCUCCAUGUGGCAACAUAGGCAGCCCUCUGCUUUGAGCCGGGCUCUCACCAGAGGCCACCGGAGAGAGGCGCUCUGGCUCAUCCUCAGUGUCAGCGGCAUCUGGCGCUUCCUGCUGUUUCCAGGGCCUUCGGAAGCACCGACCCAUUUCUCAGUUACCUCCUCUGGCCGGAAGGCCUCUAGUGCUGUUCUCUGGAGCUGCUCUGGGCCCAGUGCUGGCCCGUGACCACCCGAUGGACGUGCCAGGCAGCCCGGGCCCCAACCACAGCAUUCCCGGCUGCUCCCCUCCCCCAACCCCCAGCUGCCUGGCAGCUGGGCCCACGAGGCUCUGGGGACGCUUCCAUAGGAAGGGGCAGGCACUUUGUGAUUGCCGCGUGUUUAGUGUUAAGCCCUCUGCCCCCAGUGAAAAUCCCUGUGUUUUGCUAUCUCCUGAACAAAACGUAAACCGACACCUGAAAGCAAAAGGUAUCGAAUACCUUUUUUACCCAUAAGGGUUUUUACAAAGAUUGUGUCUCAUUAGGAACUAGGACACUUACCAGCCUGAGACCAACUCCUGGAUAAAUGGAAUAAGGAGAAUUGUGUUUGUAACAAGUUACAGGAUUGUUUCUGUCCUGGAUUUUAAACUUUUUGUUAAAUUGUGAAAUUAUGGAGGAAUUUUAUAGAAAAAAAAGUGAAAUAAAG